UAUGACCGGAUCUGGGAUACAGCGGAAUUAUUCUUUGGAACUUUUUGGUAGGUAGAUGUGCAUUUUCAGUUCUAUUGCUCAUAUUUCAUAAAAUUAGUUGAACAGUUUUUCAAGCAUUCAGUUUAUUUUUCUUCUUUGGUUACAUUUCCAACAAAUUCAAUUCACACUUCAGCAGUGCUUUCAGAUAUUUUUUGUUAACGGUGUAGUUUUUGCCAGUCCCAGAAAGGCUAGCAUAUAGUCCUCUAUGUACUUGACUAGCUGACCUGUAAAGUAGACUUGCAUAAAUCUAACAUUGCCCCAAAAGUUUAAAAAUAGGAUCACCAACACCAAUGAAUGGGCUAAAUCUUGCGCAUUGUGUAGGCCACAUACAUGAAAAGUCGCUCAAGUGAAAAGCCAUUCCAAAUCAAUUGAAUAGAAUUUUGUGUGCUCUGAGACCAGCUUUAUAAGGCUUACCAUUUCGUUGUCUUUUCUUUAUUUCAGCCCUGGCAGCUUUCCAACAAUGGUGACUCCAUCUUUCAACCCUUCCGAAGCAUCGGAAGUUGGCAUCCCGGUAGAGAACGUCAUCCUGUUGGACUCUGUCCCCAAUCUGCGAAGGGUCGACGCCCAUGGCAAACUCUUCCGUUCCUCCCGGCAAGACAGAGCAACGGAGGAAGAUGUCCAAGUCCUGUAUAAAAGUCUUGGAAUACGAUCGUAUUUGGACUUUCGCAGCGUGCACGAGUACUGCACCAUUGACAGUGGAAAAACCAAAGCGAUCGACGGCACCGUUCCGGUUUUUGUCCCGGAUAUCCCAGACCCCAAAACUACAAGACAUUACCCGACCGACAGCACUUCUGUAAAGGACGUAAACGGUAAACCAGUCUCGAAAGUAUCGUCCCCGCGACGAUACUUGAUCAACAUGUUCCCGAGAGACGCCGUGCUUGAAGUGUUCAACAUGGCACCUUGGUACAAACGAAUCUUCACUGUUCUCUGCGUUUUGAUCGGCAUCUUGACAGGCAAUCACUACUUGUAUUUUACGCGGUGCUUGUCAGUGGAAAUCAUUCGGCACGGCCUGAUCGGACGGUACAAGGGCUUUCUGAAGUACGGAAGCAAGGAAAUCUGCUUCAGUAAGUCAUACAAAUAUUGCAACAAAUGUUAUUUAUUCUUAGCCUUUCCAGAUCAUUCAAAAUCCAUCAUGUGGUUUGGGCAUUUUUUGAGGGAACUUGUGAUGGACUCUACAAUAACACCGACACUUACUUCUUAUUCCUGUCUGACUCCAGUUCUGAAGACAAUCUGCAACCCUGAAAACCUCCCAGCGAUACUCUGCUGCACACACGGCAAAGAUCGCACCGGAAUCGUAACGGCCUUGGUCCUAAGCAUUCUGGGAAAAUCAAACGAAUACAUUGCAGAGGAGUACAGUUUGUCUGAGAAAGGUCUUGAGCCCAUCAUGCCUGAGGUAAAAGAGGUAGCUCUGAGGUACAUUCCUGAUGAAUCUUUCUUGUAUUCCAGGAAGGAAACGAUGCUGAAGUUACUUGCUGCUACAAGAGAAACAUAUGGCUCCGUGGAGAACUAUCUGGAAUCCAUUGGCUUUGGAAAGGACGACCAGGACAAGUUACGACAGGCUCUUUCUUGAAACCUCCACCUUUAUGAAAUUCUUAGUCAAGAGUGGUAGACAGUUUUCAACAAAUCGGGAUCCAAAUAAAAUUGAGUUGUAUUGUCGGUAUAUAGAGGGUUGUCAAUUAUGAAACGUAUGUACAAUUAACUAAAUAAAAGUUUGAACAGCAUUGAGAUAAGGUAUGUCAACACAAAAUCAUUGCUGCAUUUGUAGGUCAGAAGCAAAAGUUCAAAUUUAUACAGAAAUUGUACAUUGUGUAACUGGGAAUCAUCUCAAGUUGCAGACAGGUUUAUCCGCAAAAGGCUUGUUGCAUAUUAGUAUAAAAAAGUAAAUUGGUAAAUUAAGGUGGGAAAAUAAGAUGUGAACGUUGUUCUUUGCCCCUUUUUCGUGAUGUGCCAAAGUUAGAACAAACUUCAGUAGUUAACGGAUUUUUUGGAAUUAGGUUUUCCUCUGACUUUUUCACUCGGCGACAAAAGUACAUGAAGAAAAUUUGGAAGCAGAAAAGGCUCAUCACAUAGACUAGCACAUGACCAACUCUGGUACGAAUAUUGGCAAUUUUUCGGAAAUGUACUCAUCAGAUUUAAUGAGAAGAAAAACACGCUCAUAGCGAAGAUGCCUCAAAUGGUAUCAAUCGAAAGAAAAACCAUCAGAGAAGAUGGUUUUAAAGAGUAUCAGAUCGCAGAUACUUUUUCACUUGCAUUAUUAUAGCAACAGAAUCCAUGUUACGAGACCAAUGAAAAUGUUCAUGUGGUUUCUCUGUCUUCUCAAAAUAUGAAAUAGCCAUAUGCGCAGAGCCAUGUGCGCGGCUGCUAUAAUUCGUCGGAUCGCUGCGCGACAUCGCGUAGCUGCAAACGGCUCAGAGAGAACGUG